CAUCCCCACUAUAAAUACAACUUUCUAAUUCAGCCAUUUAUGCGACGUUUGUCCAUGCAGAUCAUCGUUUCAUAAACCUGCAAACAUCUACAUUUCCGAAAAUAUCCCUCAAAUAUAUAUAUCGUUUGUAACUAUAUCUUGAUCUGAGAAGAGAAUUGAAAUUGAAGGCGGGUAGAUACGAUGGAGAAGUACGAGCUGAUGAAGGAAUUGGGAUCCGGCAACUUCGGCGUCGCGCGGCUCCUCCGACACAAAGAAACCAAGGAACUUGUCGCCAUGAAAUACAUCGAGCGCGGUCGGAAGAUUGAUGAAAAUGUGGCCAGAGAAAUCAUAAAUCACAGAUCGCUCCGCCAUCCCAAUAUCAUACGCUUUAAAGAGGUGGUUUUAACACCAACACAUUUGGCUAUUGUGAUGGAGUAUGCAGCUGGUGGAGAGCUGUUUGAUCGCAUCUGCCAAGCUGGUAGAUUCAGUGAAGAUGAGGCUAGGUACUUCUUUCAACAAUUAAUAUCUGGGGUCAACUUCUGCCAUACCAUGCAAAUAUGCCAUAGAGAUUUGAAAUUGGAAAAUACUCUAUUAGAUGGAAGUCCAGCACCUCGCCUUAAGAUUUGUGACUUCGGAUAUUCUAAGUCGUCGGUGCUGCAUUCAAGACCAAAGUCGACAGUAGGAACUCCGGCGUACAUAGCGCCGGAGGUUCUCUCUCGCCGAGAAUACGACGGCAAGUUGGCGGACGUAUGGUCAUGUGGGGUGACUCUUUAUGUGAUGUUGGUUGGAGCAUACCCUUUUGAAGACCCUGACGAUCCCAAAAAUUUCAGAAAAACCAUUUCAAGAAUAAUGAAUGUUCAGUACAAGAUUCCAGAUUAUGUUCAUAUAUCUCAAGAUUGCAGGCAUCUUCUUUCUCGCAUAUUUGUUGCCAGUCCUUCCAGGAGAAUCGCACUAAAGGAUAUAAAGAACCACCCGUGGUUCAUGAAGAACUUACCAAGAGAACUGGCGGAAUCAGGUCAAGCAAUGUACUACCAGAGGAACAACGCCACCUUUUCGGGGCUGCAAAGCGUGGAGGACAUCAUGAAAAUCGUUGGGGAGGCUAGGAAUCCCCCGCCAUCGUCCCUCACCAUCCCCGGCUUUCCCUGGGGAGAUGAAGACGCAGACACAGCAGAUAAUAAAGAGGAAGUAGUGGUAGUAGGUAGUGAUGUGUAUGACGAUGACGAAGACGAAUAUGCCAAGCACGUCAAGCAGGUUCAUGCAAGUGGAGAAUUUCACAUCACCCAACCCAAUUAAUCUAUCUCAUCUUCAAAUUAAUUCGCCGCUGUAGUGAUUAUAGUUUAGCAUUUCAAGAUCAUGAUGAUGAUGAUGGCCAGCUAGCUAGCUAGCAUGCAUGCUAUAGAACAUGCAUUUUAUUUUAUUUUAUUUACAAAUAUGUAGUCUAAUCUUUCGUGUAAUAUUAUCAACUUCAACCCCCAAAAAAAAGUAUUUUCUAGUCUAGAUGAUAAGUAUAAAUAUUCACUAAUAGUAAGAUGA